UUAAUGCAAACAUGUGUAUUUUAAAUGGCCGAAAUAACGCAUUUAAUAACUUUACUUCUGUAUCGACUAAAGGAAUGUCUGUAGUUGAUUAUUGUUUUGUGAGCCACGAAAAGCUACCAGGUUUUGUUCAGUUUAAUGUAAUUCAGGUCACAGAUCUCAUAAACAGAUCGAGUAUAAUUGCAACAGUCGCAUCAAGUGCACUACCUGACCACUCUUUAUUGGUGUGGGAUAUUUUACUAGAACGUGAUGUUUAUAACACUUCUGUAAAUUACUCUUACGCAUCUAGUUAUACAAAAUUUGAUGUUAAAAAUGUACCAGGUGAUUUUAUGCUUGAUGUUGAAACAUUAUACCAUGUUAACAAUACCAUUUCCAAACACGAGACGGGUUUUCAGACACAAUCGGAUAUAGAUGGGGUGUACAAUGAUUGGUGUAAUAUUAUUAGCCAUAAUAUGAAUAGUAAAUUGCCAAGUAAAGUUAUAAAAUUUGGUUCAAAUAACAAGAAACGUCGUCCUGGGAAACCUUGGUGGUCUGAUACUUUAACUGAGGUUUGGAAUAACGUAUGUAUUGCAGAGAAGGCAUGGCUAUCUUGCGCUGAUAUUGGUAUUAAGAAAACUCUUAAAACUGUUUAUAUAGAUAAACGUAAACUAUUUGAUCGUCAAGUACAACGUGCUAAACGGUUAUACUGGUUUACAUUACAAACGCAAUUGCUUGAUGAAUGUAAGGUUGACUCUUCGAAGUUUUGGAAGUCAGUUGGUAAAAUAGGUGUCAACGUCACAACCAGCAAUGUUAUCCCAAUGGAGGUUGUUAUGCCAGAUGGUUCUAUUUCCAAUGAUGUAAAUACUGUACUUGACAAAUGGAAACAUGAUUUUAGCUCACUGUUUAAUACUUCAAAUUAUUUAUCUGUUGGCAGUCAAAGUAGUGUUAAUGAUCGAAAUAGUUAUGUUACUAAUGAUGGAAAUAUGGAUCCUUGCCUCAUUGAUGGUAUAUCAGUCCUGGAAGUCAGAAAUGCAUUAAUGUCUGUAAAUAAAGGCAAAGCAUGUGGAGUAGACAAUAUUCCGGUAGAGGUAUUGAAUAAUGAUGCGUCUGUUUCUUUUCUUCACGUACUGUUUAGCAUUUGUUUUGACAAGGGUAUUGUCCCGUCACUGUGGAGUAAGUGCAUUAUUAAUCCUAUACCUAAAUCGUCCACGGCGGAUAAAAGAGAUCCCUUAUCGUAUAGGGGCAUUUCCCUGGCGUCAUCAAUGUACAAAUUGUAUUGUCAUGUGUUAAACAGCAGGCUAAGCAAAUGGUCUGAAGAAAAUAAUAUAGUUUCUGAUGAGCAGAAUGGCUUCAGGAAACGUAGAAGCACGACUGAUCACAUUAUGUCUUUAUAUAAUAUUCUUGAUACAAGGAAGAAGUCUCGUAAAUCUACUAUUUGUGCCUUUAUUGAUGUUAGAAAAGCAUAUGAUACUAUUGAUAGAAAUAUUCUAUGGAAUAGGCUAUCCGAUCUAGGUAUUGGUGGUAAAAUGUUUACAGCUUUAAAGUCCAUUUAUAAUACGGUUUCCUCUUGUGUCAGGGUUAAUUCCCUUAAAACUGAAUGGUUUGAUGUAGAUUGUGGCCUAAGACAGGGUUGUAUUCUAUCGCCUCUAUUGUUUAAUUUAUUCAUUAAUGAUUUGUCAAUUUACCUCAAAUCGUUUGGUGUUGGUGUGCCUGUUAAUGACGAUAGAGUCUGUAUUAUCAUGUAUGCUGAUGACAUUGUACUGUUAGCCGAGUCCGCAGACGAAAUGCAGUUACUUUUGUCUGCCUUGGGUGACUGGUGUUCUAUAAACAAUAUGCAUGUUAAUUCUACUAAGAGCAACAUAGUCCAUUUUAGACCCAAUUCAGUAUCACGUACAACUUAUAAUUUUGUGUCUGGUUCUAGUCAGUUAACAGCGGUAGAUAGAUAUACUUACCUUGGUGUGCUUUUUCACGAACACUUAGAUCUAAAUGUUACUGUCAAGUCUGUUGCUCAAAGUGCAAGUCGAGCCCUAGGUUUACUGAUUGCUAAAUGUAAGAUUGUUGGAGGACUCCCAUACGAUGUAUUUACAAAACUGUAUGACGCAGUUGUUUGGCCUGUUGUUGGUUAUAGUGCUCCUCUUUGGGGAUAUCGGUCAUACGCUUGUAUUGAGGCUGUACACAACAGGGCUCAGAGAUAUUUCCUUGGUGUUGGUAAAUAUACGCCUAACGAUGGGUUGGCUGGUGAAAUGGGUUGGAAACCCCCGAUAGUUCGCCAGUGGAAAAGUAUAUCACUGUACUGGUCAAAGAUAGCAUGUAUGGACGAUAACAGAUUUAACAAACGCGCUGCACUCUGGGCAUACAGCAAUGCAACUCAACUGUGCAAGAACUGGUUUUAUUAUGUAAAGUCCUUUCUUUUGACAAAUGACUUAAAUAUGUAUUUACGUUUAGAUGGUCACAUUUGUGCUAGAUUCGUGCAAGCUGUUGAGGAACGUGUAUAUCAUAAUUUCAAGAGCAAAUGGUAUGGUAGAUUGCAGAACAUUAUUGGGUCUUCUGGGCAUGGUCAAAAUAAGCUAAGACUGUAUAGGACUUUUAAGUCUGAAUAUGUAACUGAACAAUAUUGUAAAAUAAUUUUGCCUCUUGCUCAUCGGUCAGCUUUUAGUAAAUUUAGACUCGGGGUUGCCCCAAUUCAUAUUGAAACUGGUCGGUAUGAAGGCCUGAAUGUUGGAAGUAGAAUUUGCCCUUUUUGUGGAAAUAAUUCUAUAGAAAGUGAGUUGCACGUUAUGUUGCACUGUUAUGUUUACAAUGAUCUAAGAGAAGACUUAUAUACUAAGGCUUUAAUGAAAAAUAACAUAUUUAGUGAUAUGCAAGAUAUUGAUAAAUAUAAUUACCUGUUUUCCAGCACAGAUCCAACAAGGAUAAGGACCUGUGCCAAAACCUGUUACAGUAUUUUACAAAGGCUUCGUUUUUUACUUUCUUAGCCAGUAUUGGCUUGACUAUGGGUACCUGAACUGUCGAGAACCCUUGUGUCCAAUGUUAAACUUUUCUGGACCUAUGCCUUACAUGAACCACUACCUGAAC